AUGAACGGUGCCAACCAAGGCCCGACUGUGGCCGACCUGGCUGCCAUGUCCACCGAGGAAAGAAUGACGGGCAUGGAACAUUCAGAAGUUCGCUACUUCACAAGCUAUGACCACCACGGUAUCCAUGAGGAAAUGCUGAAAGAUGAAGUCCGCACUCGAUCGUACCGAGAUGCCAUCUAUCAGAACCAGCACCUCUUCAAAGACAAGGUUGUGCUUGAUGUCGGCUGUGGCACGGGCAUCCUCAGCAUGUUUGCAGCACGAGCCGGCGCAAGGCAUGUGAUCGGAGUCGACAUGUCCAGCAUCAUCAACAAGGCUAAAGAGAUAGUUGAGGUGAACGGGCUGUCAAAAAAGAUCACACUACUACAAGGAAAGAUGGAAGAAGUCGAGAUCCCACCACAAUGCUUGUCAAACGGGAAGGUCGACAUCAUCAUCUCGGAGUGGAUGGGUUAUUUCCUCCUCUAUGAAAGCAUGCUUGACACUGUCCUCUACGCCCGUGACCGCUACCUGAACCAAGGUGGCAAGAUCUUUCCGGACAAGGCAACGAUAUACAUGGCAGGGAUCGAAGACGGAGACUACAAGGAAGACAAGAUCGGAUUCUGGGAUAACGUGUAUGGCUUCGACUACUCUCCGAUGAAGCACAGUGCAUUGAGCGAGCCACUGGUCGACACGGUGGAAAUGAAGGCCCUGGUCACCGACCCAUGCCCGGUCUUCACCAUCGAUCUGAACACGGUCACGACGGCGCAGUUGGCGUUUUCCGAGCCUUUUGAAUUGCGGGUGCAGAGAAACGACUUCGUUCAUGCACUCAUUGCCUGGUUCGAUAUCGAUUUCACAGCAUGCCACAAACCCAUCCGAUUCUCGACGGGGCCUCACACCAAGUACACGCAUUGGAAGCAGACCGUCUUCUAUCUUCGGGAAGUCCUGACCGUCGAGGAAGGCGAGGCUGUCCGAGGCUACCUCUCCAACAAGCCCAACAGCAAGAACAAGCGCGAUCUCGACAUCAAGAUCGACUACGAGUUGGAAACGUCGGAUGCGACACGAUUUGCUCGUGGAUCAUGCGAGUAUAGGAUGUAA